AAAUUGAUGUUUAUAAUAUUCAUCAUUUGUGCUGCCUACCACUGCAUAAUGAUAUGUCUAUUUGGAAAGGUUGUAUAUUACGACUUGGUCCCGCCCUUCCCGCCUGUGGAGUCUUCCAGAAUUCACCGGCGGAUACGUGUGGCUUGAAAUUCCGCAGUGUUGUUUAAUUCCAUCUCUCAAAGUCAUUAUUUCACCGGUUACUUGUCAAAUUGGCAUUUCAGUUCCUUAGUCAACAUGUCAACGUUAGGCACGCUUGCCUUCGAUGAAUAUGGAAGGCCAUUCAUCAUCAUUAAAGACCAAGAUAAGAAGACACGGCUAACGGGCAUUGAUGCAUUGAAGUCUCAUAUUAUGGCAGCCAAGGCAGUUGCGUCGACGCUGAAAACAUCAUUGGGACCUAAUGGCCUGGAUAAAAUGAUGGUUGACCAAGAUGGAGAAGUGACUGUCACCAAUGAUGGAGCCACUAUUCUCAGCAUGAUGGAUGUCGACCAUCAAAUUGCUAAACUAAUGGUGGAGCUGUCAAAGUCCCAAGAUGAUGAGAUUGGAGAUGGAACCACUGGAGUUGUCGUGCUGGCCGGAGCUUUACUUGAGCAAGCUGAGCAGCUCCUGGACCGUGGAAUCCACCCCAUCAGGGUUUCUGAUGGUUACGAUCAGGCCGCACGUAUCGCGAUCGAGCAGCUCGACAAAAUCGCAGAAACUUUCCCCUGCGAUCCCAACAACACAGAACCCCUUAUUCAGACCGCUAUGACAACACUGGGAUCUAAAGUCAUCAACCGAUGCCACCGGCAGAUGGCAGAGAUUGCAGUGAAUGCUAUUCUCACUGUGGCUGAUAUGGAGCGAAAAGACGUUGACUUUGAACUUAUCAAGAUGGAGGGUAAGGUUGGAGGCAAGCUGGAGGACACGCAGCUCAUCAAGGGUGUCAUUGUUGACAAAGAGUUCAGUCAUCCUCAAAUGCCAAAGGUUCUGAAAGAUGUUAAAAUUGCAAUUCUCACCUGCCCGUUUGAGCCCCCUAAGCCCAAGACCAAGCAUAAACUGGAUGUUACCUCCGUUGAGGACUACAAAGCUCUUCAGAAAUAUGAAAAGGAAAAGUUUGAGGAGAUGAUCCAACAGGUCAAAAGCAACGGUGCUAACUUGGCCAUAUGCCAGUGGGGCUUUGAUGACGAAGCCAACCAUCUUCUGCUGCAGAACAAGUUACCUGCUGUCCGCUGGGUCGGAGGGCCGGAGAUUGAGUUGAUUGCCAUCGCCACAGGGGGCCGCAUUGUUCCGAGGUUUUGUGAGCUGACCCCGGAGAAGCUCGGCACUGCCGGCUUGGUGAAGGAGAUCUCUUUCGGCACCACCAAGGAUCACAUGCUGGUGAUUCAGGAAUGCAAAAACACAAGGGCUGUGACCAUUUUCAUCCGUGGAGGCAACAAAAUGAUUAUCGAUGAGGCCAAGCGUGCACUCCAUGAUGCUCUUUGUGUAAUUCGUAACUUGGUCAGAGAUAAUCGUGUUGUCUAUGGUGGAGGCGCUUCAGAGAUUGCUUGUGCUCUGGCCGUCAACCAAGCUGCUGACAAGUGCCCAUCAUUGGAGCAGUAUGCAAUGAGGUCGUUUGCAGAUGCUUUAGAGGUCAUCCCAAUGGCAUUGGCUGAGAACAGCGGCCUAAACCCCAUCCAGACCAUGACUGAGGUCAGAGCCAGACAGGUCAGAGACAACAACCCUUACUUGGGCAUAGACUGCCUCCAUAACAACACCAACGACAUGAAGCAGCAGCAUGUGAUCGAGACCCUAAUUGGCAAAAAGCAGCAAAUCUUGCUGGCCACUCAAGUAGUCAAGAUGAUCCUCAAAAUUGACGACAUCCGAAGCCCAGGAGAGUCCGAAGACUGAAGGCCCCACCCCAAGAACACCUGCAGGCUCACUUCAGCUCUGCAAUAUUGUAACACGUCUGGGCGACAGACACUUCCUUAGCACUGCGUCCAAACCGCACUGCCUACGGCUAUUUAUCAUUUGAUGCAACUCCCUGUUCUAGUACCACAGUUGACAUUAAAAUUUUGGUCUGAAGAAA